AAUGUUUUGGCCCUUUAAGGUCAUUGCUGCUUCUGAUGACAACCCCGUGAUCCUUGUUAAGUACAAGGGUGAGGAGAAGCACUUUGUUGCCGAGGAAAUAUCAUCUAUGAUCCUCACAAAGAUGCAUGAGAUUGCAGAGAAAACUUUGGAGUCACCCGUUAAAAAUGCAGUGAUUACUAUACCUGCAUAUUUCAAUGAUUCUCAAGAAAAAGCUACGAAAGACGCUGGUGUCAUUGCUGGCCUCAAUGUGAUGCGGAUAAUCAAUGAACAACCUGCUGCUGCACUUGCAUAUGGUCUUCAAAAGAGAGCUAUUGCUUUGAAGAGAAAUAUUUUCGUAUUUGAUCUUGGUGGUGGUACUUUUGAUGUGUCUCUCCUUACAAUUGAAGAUGAUCUCUUUGAGGUUAAAGCCACUGCUGGAGAGACUCACCUUGGAGGAGAGGACUUUGACAACAUAAUGGUUAACCACUUUGUGAAGGAGUUUAAUAGAUGGUAUAGUGAAGAUUGAAUUUUAUUGAAUAAACCCCAUUUUGAUUGAAGGAAUGAUUACAUUAUUGUGCUCAUGAAUCAACUGUUGUAUAUAGGCACU